AUGGCUCAGAGCAUGGUUUAUGCUGACCUGAGGUUUGCCAAAGUGAUGGGGGGCCUGAGCAUGGCCAGCCAGGUGCUGGAGGCAGCCCUCAGCAUGGACGAGGCAGAGAGUCCCUACGAGAAUGUGCAGCUGGCGCCAGUGGGACAGGAUGGGGACGGGGCCCGGCCCAGCCCAGCCCAGGUGAGGCGCUGGUCCUGGUGGUGGUGCAUCCCUGUGGGGCUGCUGGCAACCUGCCUGCUGCUGCUGGUGGCCACCGCAACCCUGGGGGCUUGCUACUGGCAGGUCACCCGCAGCCUGCGGGAUGCCUCCCGUGAGCACGUGGCCGAGUGGAGCCGCCUCUCGCAGGAGGUGAGCAUGCGGGAGCAGAGCCUGGAGCAGACGUGGCUGGAGCUGGCAUGGGCCAGAGCGGAGCUACAGCGAGCGUGGCGGGAGGGCAACAGCAGCCAGCUGGAGCUGGGGAGCCUGAACGCUGAGCUGGCGCACGUCAUGGGUGUCCUGGGGAAGACGGAGAAGGAGAUGCAGGAGGUGCAGGGGAAGCUCAACAACAGCGAGAGCACUGUGGCCAUCCUGCGCUCCUGCAUGGCUAUAGACUGCUGCCCCUCAGACUGGCUGCUGUACAGGGUCAAAUGCCUCUUCAUCUCAUCGGAGAAGAAGACAUGGGAGGACAGCAGAGACGAGUGCAAGAAGAAAUUUUCUCAGCUCCUGGUCACCAAAUCCUGGAGUCGCUGGACUGUGCUGACCUUCCUGAAGAAUGCAGACAUCCCGUACUGGAUUGGGCUGCAGAAGAGCAGCUUCCCCUGGUACGACUAUGGCUGGCUGGAGGAAGGGGACCUGGACGGCGAGGGGGUCUCGGACGCCUGGUUCUGGGUGGAUGGUUCCCUUUACGAAAGGCCAUGGCAGUCAAAGUUGAACGGGUCCUGUGCCAUAAUAAGCUGCGGGAACAUCAAACCCACCCAGUGUGCUGGUCCUGAUGACCUGCACCUCUGGAUCUGCGAGACGGCAGCAGGGCUGAGCUCCCCUUUCAUAUGA